GUGUCCAUGGUGACCAAGUCCAAAUACUAGGAUUUUUCUAGUUUUUAUGCUAGGACAGAUGAAAUUGUUAGUGUUUCUUUCCUUUUCUUUUCAAAAGAAAAAAAGUGAGAAUGAAACGAUAUUGACAAGGGAGCAGUUACCUCUUAAACAAAACGGCAUUUUCUGGUUCCCAUUGCACAUCUGUUGUAAAAACAAAUCAGAAGGAUCAGGGAUAGGUUAGAUGUGUAGGCAGAGGGGAAAGGUAUGAGUGUCCUUUGAUAGUUAGAAAAGACAUGGACAGAAAUGCUAAACACACCGGUAGGGAUGGGAUAGCGGGGCUAGGAAGAAAGGGGUGUGGUUGGAGAUGAUUGGAAGUACAUGUAGUUCUGCUUUCAAAAGCUUCUAAGUACAUUAGUAUAUUAGAACAUAGCAUAAUAAAGGAGCCCUGAUGGCUCAGUGGUGAAAGAGCUCCUCUGCUAACCAAAAGGUCAGUAGUUCGAGCCCACCAGCCACUCUGCGGGAGAAAAACGUGGCAGUCUGCUUCAGUAAAAAUGUACAGCCUUGGAAACCCUAUGGGGCGGUUCUCCUCUGUCCUGUAGGUCAAUACGAGUCAAAACCGACUUGACCCCAAUGGGUUUGGUGUUGGUUGGUAUAAUAACUGGUGUCCUUGAUGAUUGCUGUGAGUCACCAAGAAACAAAAAAUAACUUAUAUUUAGUAUUCUUUAUUUAAGAAGUCAAGGCAAAGUGUAACCCUGUUGCAAAUUUUUCAGCACAAAUUAUUAAAUAAGUUGCAUGCCAUGAAAAGGAAACCCUGGUGGCAUAGUGGUAAAGAGCUACAGCUGCUAACCAAAAGGUUGGCAGUUUGAAUCCACCAGGCACUCCUUGGAAAUUCUAUGGGGGAGUUCUACUCUGUCCUGUAGGGUCGCUGUCAGUCGGAAUUGACUCGACCGCAAUGGGUUAUGCCUUGAAAAAGACUGGAUUCGUUUGUGGAAAUUUUGCUUGUUUCCUAAUGUCAGCUAAUUUAAGUGUUCCAAAGGAGAAAACAAGUAUUUAAUUCUAUAAGUUUUCAACAGGAGGAAAUUCCAUCCUGUGUGUCUGUCAACAGCUGAUAUUUAUUAAAUGUGUUAUACAUGGUGUUGUAUAGACUGUUUUACAGUUAUAGUUAGUACAUUUUAACUUUCUUUAAAAUACUAUAACCAAAAGUUUGUGUGCUGUUAAAUGGAGUAGAUUUUAGAGGCUCAGAUUUAUUCAUUUGGUGCAGCACAGCUUAAUUGGCAAAGUUCAGUACCUGAUGAGAAUAAGCUAGAUGGUUUGGAUCUAUCCUCCUGUUAAACCCUGCAAAAAUUCUAGAUUAAACAAAAAAAAAAGAAAAUCACCUUAAAAAUAUUUAAAAUGCUGAAAAGAUGGUAGGAGCUGCUAGGUUAAAUUUGAGGAGACUGCCUGAACCCAGAGAGGUAAGUAGCUUAUCAGAGAAUUAAAACCAGCUUUUUGCCUUUAGGACAUUUGCCAAAAUACAGCUUGGACUUUGGCUCAUCAACUCAAAGAGUGAAGGGAAUGCAGUCAAUGCCCAGGGCGUGUCAGAGUUAUGAAGGCUUAGAGAAGUCGCACCAUACAUUAAGUUCUGAAAGGCUAUGCUGCCAGGGUCAGGGUGCACCAGAGCUAAACCUGCACCCCUUCCUCCAGAUUUCAGGGGACUGUAGAAAAAAGCUGCCUUGGCAGUGCAGGCAGACCAGAAGAAGAAAAGAGGAAAGGGGAAAAACACAUCCGUGAGAGGUGGUAGCCCCAGACCAGCCCUCUGUAGAUGACCAUCCUGUUUAUACCUUGGUGGGUAGGCUAAGGAAUCUCAAACAUAAAUGUGGUUUAGGGUGGUCCCUGUCCGGUGGUGCUCUUCCAGGAACCUAAUAAAAGCAAACAAAAAUCUCCAGAAGAGUAUAUAUUCAUCCUAAUCUCAGCACUUCGCCUACAAAUAUAAGGGCAAUAACCAUUGUCAGUAAUAACCAGAGCAUACAGGGAAACAAAGCCAAGUGAAUAAAGACAACAGGUAGCAGAAACCAAUUGGCAGUAGUUUUCAGACACAGAUACAAAACAUAUACAAUUACUGUGUUUAAAGAAGUAAACAAGUUUGAACAAUAAUUGCAGAGAACAGGAAACUGUAAAAAGUCACAUAGAUUUGAGGGAAAAAAAAAACUCUAGAAAUAAAAAAUAAAGUAACCAAAAUUUUAAAAACUCAGUGAACAUUUUGACAGCAGAUUGGACUUAAGAGACAACUGGUGAAUCAGAAGAUAAAUAAGAAAUUACCUGAAUGUUGGCGAGAGGAAGACACACUGGUAGAGAUUACAGUGGAGAAGAGAAUAUGAGUUGUGGAAGAUACAGUCAGAAACCCAACUUCAGUUUUAUCGAAGUCCUAGAAGGAGAAAAGGGAACGAGGAUUUUGCAGAAGUGAUGAAGGCACCAGUUCACAGAGACCAGCAAAGAAACACGAAUCUAGACACAUCGUGAAGAAAAUUUUAAAAAACAAAAACUUAAAAGCAACCAGAGAGAAAUGGCAGAUUACCUUCAAAGGAGUAUCUGACUUUUUUAAUAACAGCGGAAUGCUAUCCUCAGUGUGUUUGGGGGAAAAAAACUGCCAAUAUAGAUUUCUACACACAGUGAAAAUAUCCUUCAAGAAGGUAAAAGCUAUUCCUAGAUGGACAAAAACAAUUCAUCAUCAGCAAAUCAUUGCUAGAGGAAAUCCUUAAGGGUGGACGUACAGCAGAAGUGAGCACAGGUGAAAGUCUAAUAUCACAAGAAGGAAUGAAGAGCAAAGAAAGAGGUUCAGUAGAUGAAGGUGUCACCGAGGGGCUGCCUACACUUCAGAGCACUUCUAGCACUAAUGCCCAUGCGGAUGAUGAUGAUCGAUUGGAAAAUGUUCAGUAUCCCUACCAACUCUACAUUGCUCCUUCCACCAGCAGUACAGAGCGACCAAGUCCAAACGGUCCAGAUAGGCCUUUUCAGUGUCCAACUUGUGGGGUGCGAUUCACCCGCAUUCAGAACCUAAAACAGCACAUGCUCAUCCACUCAGGAAUUAAACCAUUUCAGUGUGACCGCUGUGGGAAAAAGUUCACCAGGGCUUACUCGCUAAAGAUGCAUCGCCUGAAGCAUGAAGGUAAACGCUGUUUCCGGUGCCAGAUAUGUAGUGCCACUUUCACUUCCUUCGGGGAAUACAAACACCACAUGAGGGUUUCCCGGCACAUUAUCCGCAAGCCUCGGAUUUACGAGUGCAAAACAUGUGGCGCCAUGUUCACCAACUCUGGAAAUUUAAUCGUGCACCUGAGGAGUCUGAACCAUGAAGCGUCAGAGCUAGCAAACUACUUCCAGAGCAGUGAUUUCCUAGUACCGGACUACUUAAACCAGGAGCAAGAAGAGACCCUUGUUCAGUAUGAUCUUGGAGAACACAGUUUUGAAAGCAACUCCUCUGUUCAAAUGCCUGUCAUUUCGCAGGUCUCCUCCACCCAGAAUUGCGAGAGCACUUUUCCCUUGGGGUCUCUUGGUGGGCUGGCGGAAAAGGAGGACGACAUGCCAGAGCAGCCAAAGAGCAGUGCCUGUGCUGAGGCAACCAGAGAUGACCCCCCAAAAUCAGAGCUGUCUUCUAUAACUAUUGAGUGAUUUUGUGGUUUGGCUUCAUUUUUUAUUUUUGGAAAGUGCCUGUGCUUGGUCUUGUACCUUUAAAAUUAACUUUUUGAACAAAGAAGCGUUUGGGAAAGAAUUUUUCUUUUUACUUUGGAAGUCUUACAACUAAGAUGUUUUAUUCUUUAUGACUGAGAGAUUACUUCUUUAAAUACACAAUAAUAUGAUGUUGAAACAUAAUAGAAACUAGGAGACUUAAGGAGAACCAACACUUAAAAUAUAUGCCAGUUUCUUCUUCCAUUGUAAAAAGGGGGCUAAUAACAGAGAUUAGAUAAAGAAGCAGUCAGAUGAUUAUUGACCUUCCUGAGAGGAAAGGGUAUACCACAAACAAAUCACUAAACAGACCUUGACAAAUGGCCUGAGUAGAUGUUGACUCCCACACUCAAGGACAUUGUACAAUAUUUCGUUGAGCCUAUUGUUUUUGGAAGUAUUUAUGGUAUCGCUUUCUUAGAAAUUAUUAGGGUAAAUACUUCUGAAAUCCAACCUACUCUUUUUAAAGCUUUGUCAUUAUUAUAAUUUUCCAUGGUAAGAAAUCGGUAUUGGGAUAGACAUUCCUGGUACCUUUACAGUAGUACCACUCACCCCUCCAGAUAAUGGUUCUUCUAUGAGAGAAGGCAAGGAACCGUGAUGGAGAAUAGCCAGCUGUGCACGCAGAGAGCAGGCAUGGGGACGUGCAGCGGGAAGUGUGUCAGUCCCAGCUUCACAGGAACUCCUUUUAGUGCUGUUUUUCUGACUAACAUUGACAUUUACCUGGUCUUUGAGUCAUAAUGCCUGGCUAAUUAUUAAUUGCGCAGAUCAGUUUUCCUCUUGCCCUAUCAACCAUGCUUUGUCUUGCAUAUUCUGAUGUGCUACUAUAUAAAAGAAAAGUAUUGGAGAUAGUCUAUAUUUUAUAUAUAGGUUUAUAUAUUGUGGGGGAUGUUUUUAUUGUGCUCUUUUGGACAAAAUAAUUUUCUGUUAAUUAGGGCAACAUUCUUAACCCAACCAAGAUCGUUUACAAAAAGCCCAUACGACAGUGAUACAUUGUCCUUGCUCAAAAAUAUUUUUAGGCAUUGCCAGGUUUAUUAGAGACAGUUCUUAUACUUACUCAUACAGUGUAAGCAAUAAUGUAAAAGAUAAAGAAAAGCUAUACAAUUACUAUGAUUCAUAAGUCUAUUGGGGGAAAAAAAAGAGUGAGAAUUGUUACGAUUAAAGAAAAACUAAAAACCUUGCUGCCAAAGAGUGCAGCUUCCUGGUUUAUAGUUGAUAUUUAUGUGAUGCUCUUGACUGGAGUGUAUUUUUCACUUGAUGCCAUUAAGCAUCACUAACUUGGUCCUGAAUAUUCUCAAGUCCAUGAAUAAUGAACUUUUUGAGUAACUUUUUUUCUGUGUAUAUACCCAAAGUUAAAUAAUGAUGAAAGCACCUGAUUGGAUUAUAAACAAAUAUAAUCCCUUAGUCAAAACCCGAGAUCUAAAUUUUGUUCAGGUGCUAGACCUUAAUAAUAAAAUAUAUUUUUAAAAAUUAUAAUGUGAUUUGUUUCGUUUUUUUAAUUGGCUAAUUCUAUAUUUAAUAUUUUUCCCCCACAAAAUUAAUGGAAGGGAAAGUAUGGUAAACUCAUCAAAAUCUCUUUAGGCUAAGAUUCUCUCUUCCCAUAUCCUGCUGUCCUUAACUUGUUUCCAGCUCCUUACCUUACUCCUGAACCUGUUGUUUCCCCCUUUGCUUCCAAACACAGGUGUAUUACAUGUUAACACUUCAGGGAAAUCAAGGUUUUGAUGGGCUCAUAUACAGGCUACCAGUCAGCUUCCGUUAUUUACGCUUCUUAACUAAUAGGGUUGAAUUACUCUCUGCAGCAGACUGUGAUACUUACCGUAGUAUUGCGAUGUCUCAACUGGAAAAGGCAGGAAUUUUUAUUUUUAAUAUCCUGUCCUUUGAAAAUUGUUAUGCCUACCAGUAGAUAAAUCCUAAAGUUAGUUUUUAAAUCUUUCAUUGCCAAGACAGAGAAUAGGUAAAAUUUUGACCAAGAAUUGUUCUAAGUUCCAAGAGUUAUUAAAAAAAAAAAAAGGGAAGAAAAUAGAGUUUAAAAAAAAAAUCCGAAUGUAAGUAUCAUUUGGGGUUGUGUACAUCCCUUAUCCCGAGUGCUCUGCCCUAUGAGAGCCCUGCACAGUUGGGGCAGCUUUAAGGCCUUCUGCCUGUGUUCUCAGAGUGGAGGAUUACCAAGACUGGCUGUUUUUUCCCAAAUGGAAAUUAUAGAUUCUCAUUGCACAGAUUUCCAAGUUGUAUGGCGAAUUUGAAUAUACUGUGAAAAUGGAUACCUGGUUUGUUGUCUACUGCCUGGUCUUAUCAGUACAAGGAAUUAACUAACUAGUAUUAACAAAAUGACACAAAGGCCUUUUUUUUUUUGCUUUUUCAGUGAGGUUCUGCAUUUUUGGUGGGGCGUGCUUUUAAGGUACUUGACUUGUGGGUCUGUUUUAUGAAACUAAGCAUAAGGGGUUAAUUGGAGAUAGUAUUUAAUUAGAUUGAUUUAAAAUUUGUCUAAGAGAGCGCAGCCUGGAUGUGUAAUUCUUACCAGAACAUAAGGAGACUUUCCAAAGAGGUGAAAUCCCCAACCAGCAGAGAUUAUUGGUGUAACAAAAUGUUAAAAUAUUUCACUUUAGAAUAUUUAAGCGUAGCUGUCUUUCUUAAGGCCUAAGAGGGUAACUUUGUGAUAUUUAAAGGGCUUGAAUUUUAGGAUGCAGGAGAAAUUACCUUUUUAAAAUUAAGCAUUUUGUAUAAGAAAAGCUUUUAUUUUCAGUUUUUAUCAAAUAAGUGUGAUAUACUUUAGAAAUGAAUAGAGAUGUUAUCCCUGAGGCUGGAUGCAGCUUCUGCCGUUGCCGUUUGCAUUUUUAAAGGUGUGUUCUACUAACUGUCUAGUGUGGAAACAAAGGGAUUAAUAGGUUUUGGGGGUUUUUUUUGUUUGUUUUUUACAUUUUGAGUUUUCUAUAAAUGGAUGCAGAUGGAGGUUAUCACCCACAAAUAAUAUUCAGAUGAAUUUUUCAUAAUUUGAAUUUCCAGUAAUUUUCUUAUUUUUUAUUUCAAGUAAUUAGUUAUAUAUUGCUAGCUUUUAAAGUUAUCAGUUCAGUACUAAAAUAUUUAAAUGAUCUCAUUGAGCCAACCGUGCUGGUUUUACAGUAAUUUGGUUCCAUGUUAUGACAUGUGCCCUUUGGUAUUUAAAACAAGCAAAAAAACUUCAUUUUGUUAAAAUUAUUUUACCAAAUGGAAUGGACUAGUCAGCACUCCCUAUGUUCUUAUGCUGGCAACUCAGUUACAUCUUAACUACCGAGCCAGAUCCCCUGGGAGCUGGGCGCUUCUGGAAACUCAGUUAAAUCUUUUAGUCUUUUCUCUCAUUAUUUUAUUCCCUCACUUAUCUUAAUCUAAACAUUGGCCAGUUGUCUAUUUUUAUUGGCUCUCAUUUUGAAGAUUCUCAGAUGUGUCUUCAUCUCUUGUAGCUUUUUAGUCCCUGAAAAAUAAUAAUACAGUGUCCAUUCUCUACUAGUACACCACACAGAAGUGAUGCUUAUUUUCUGAGCGAACAGUCCCAAGUGUUUAACAUUUUAACUGAAAGGAGUUUGAAAUUUGAGAAAUUAAUGAACAAGAUAAUUGGAAACUUUUUUGUGUGGCACUUUUCUUUCCACUCAGUUACAGAUGUGAAGUUGUAACUCUGAAAUAUACACCCAACUGAGGAAGAAGAAAUAAUUUUCUAGAUAGUGUUAUUAAUGGGGGGGAGAGGGGCCUAGUAAAAUUGGCAUUUGGAAGAAACAGACCCAGCGUUGCAAAAAAAUAAUAAAUAAUAAAUGGGAUUUUCACUGUAAAUUAUUGACAAAAUGUUUAUAAUUAAAUUUUGAGAGCUAGUGAGAGAAGAAUGUAUGAAACUAGAUUUUGUUUUUCUCGAAGCAGUGGAACAGAGUUAGAAAAGCCUCUGAUGUAAACACAUCUAUGAGGACUAUUAUAGCUAAGCAUACGCCAGAGCCUUUAAGCUAAAAUCAUCAAAUUUUAAGUUAUUUCUUAUUUUGUCUACACCCUUUUUUCUCUUUUCAUAUCAUUUUUGCUUCGUGGAAUGUGAUGACAUAGGAUAUUUUUAUUUGGAAUGUCCUCAGCAGGAUGAAUUUGCCAGGAGCAGUAAUGGUUUGGAUUAAACAAUAAAUUGGAAUUGAACCAGUUUCCAGGUUGAGCUAAGCCACGUUCACUCUGUGGCUGUUUCAUUUUAGACUUUAAAUAUGUUGAGCUAUUAUCAUUAAAUUUAUAAGGAAUUAAACCUGUAUCAGAUUGUGAAUGAAGACUCUCAGCACUAGUACCAUCAUUAAUAUACUUUUUCUUUUUUUUUAUGAUAGAAGAGUAACAAUUUUACAAAUGGUAACACACCAGAAAUGCUAGGUGAUAUUAUUGGAAUGUCGGCUUGGCAGUGUCUUACAGAUGAGACUGCCUUAAAACUUUUAUGCUACUUACGUAAACUCUGUUUAUAGAUAGGAUCCAGGCCAAUUCCAGCUGAUACCAUGGUUCCUGUGUACUUAAUAGUUUACAAAGAACUUAAGAGUUCAGACCACUGGUUGAGAAGGAAAAAAUUUUUUUUUAACUGUCGGAAUUUUUAUUUCAGUUCGAAGUGCCUGUUUAUAAAAUCAAAUCCUUCGAUCAUUGCCUGCCUUUAAAUCAACUUACUCUGCUGGUUAAGCUUAAGGUCCUGGGCUCAGUUGUGAUUAUUUAUUGAUAAGAUACCUGCUUGAUAGUUUGGGGAGAGGGGGUGGGAUACAGUGUCAUGACUUAAAUUGUCCUGGUUUUCCCAAAUGCCAAUCUAGCCAUAUCCAGAUUUAAUUAUUGAAUUAAAAUACUAAUUUUAUUAUUCAAGUUUAAAAGCAUCAUGUAAACAAAUGUUCAGGUUACCAAAGUACGUCGCCUGCUGCUGAGGAAGGACAAUCUUCCCUGCCUUGGGAGAGACCCCAUCCCCUCCUCUGAAGGCACAUUGUUUCCCUUGGUGGUGGUGGAAGCUGUUCCCAUUGCAAGGUGGGAAACCUAGCCUUUCAUGCACUUCCUGGAGACACCUGUUUUCUAGAGAGAAACUUUUUUAUGAUUAGGUAAUGAGUGUUUUCCCUAGCGGUUUCUUAAAUUUAUCAGUCUAAUUCUCCAGCUGACCUGUGCUACGUAAAGGCUCUCACACUGAGAGUAGUCCAUGCAGUUUCUGAGAGUUGCACUGCUUUUCAUCCUUCAGGCCCUGAUGUGAAUGACAUCAGGUAUUUGGAAGGUAGGAUCAUAAACUAUUCAUUUUCUUCCUUGUCCAAAGUGGUGGCUUCUAAUGCUUAUAUUUCAAGGUAUUUUUUUAAAAAAUCAACAGACUCUAUUAGAGUAAAAUUUGGUUUUGAUCCAAGUUCCCAGCGAUGUGUUUACUUUUUCUGUAGUUACUGGUGCCUCCUGCUGCAUCAGACGGAGAUUGCCUGCCUCUUUGUAGGGCUCCCUGUGGCACCUUAUACCAACUGGGAGGAUAGUAUCUGGCUAUCUGUGCCUCUACUGUCUUUUCAAAAGCCAUUUUAUAAAAAUCCUAGGUAGCCUAUUUUAAUAUUUAAAUAUAUAUAUAUUUGUGAAAGAUACUUUUAGAACAGACUUUUUUUUUUUAACAUUAAAAUUUCCAUAUUCCCAUUUUUAAGAGUGAAUUUAAACUUUCCAAGAUUAGUAAUUGUCUUUUUCCAGAGCAGGAUAAUGAGAAAGUCAGAUUGAGGUAACAGACCGUAAUUCAGUGAUAAAUUCAUGUUUGGUUUUAGGAGACAGAUAAGAAGGAAAAAAUUGUUUUGAUGUAACAGACAUGAAUGUUGAGAUAAAAUUGUGCUUUUGCUUUUGUGAUUUCAUAUUUGCUGCUGUAGUAGCUCAGCGGUUUACAGGGCUAACAUAGAAAUCUGGCUCCAUUUAAAAACCGAAGAGCUUUCUAGUGCAGCCAGCCUAGGAGGAAACUGUAUGCCAGUCUUCAGAUGAGUGAUUGAUUGCUCUGUCUAGCUGAUGCAUGCUUUAAUGUUUUGCCUAUAACCUGGCACCAUGGAAGUUUGGGGGAACUUUCUUACCCUGCCAGUUAGGACAUCAUGAAUCUUUUUGGGCGUUGGCAUUUUGUGAAACCCUCGAAGGAGGGUAAUGAGAUGGGGAAUGUGAAUUAAAUUAUGUAGAUGGGUGUUUUCAUGUCUUCUACCCCUCUCCUAGAACCAGUACAACUUACUGUGCCAGUCCCCAACCCAUCAGCUUUGUAUCCAGUUGUCAUCUCAUUCAAGUAUGGCUUUAUCUGGUGACAGUGGCCAUAGCUAAGUUACUUGGCAUGUUUGACUUUCAACAAUAACAAAAAUGGUUUUGGAUUUUGGUUCUUUUGGUCGUUUGUUUCUUAGAAAUGUAUACAAUGUCAGAACUUCACAUUUUAUAUACAAGUAUCUGGCUAUUAGUAUUUUACAGGAACCAUAGUGGUGACUACAUAUAUAUAUAUAUAUAUAUAUUUUUUGGUGACUUUUUUGUAAACUAAGUGCCGUUUCAACGUUACAAUCAUUUUUAGAGUUACUGUAAUCAAUGUGAAUAUCACGUUUUUUGAAAUCUGUUCUGAGCCUAUAGUGUUUGCUUUGUGAACAUGUGUGUAUUGUAUAUAUUCUGUAUAGUUAUAUUGUACUGAACUAUUAGCCUGUUUGAUAUAAGGAAAGUAUGUAUUGAGUACCUUUUUGCUAGCCUGGUUGUUUAAUCUUUUUAAAAAAGGUUUAAACUUUUUUUCAAAAAAAAUCUUAAAAUUGGCCUUUAUUACAUGGUCAAAAGUAAAGUUGCAGUUAGAAAGGGGAUGGGCAGUGGGGAAAAAAAAAAACUAGUUUUGAGUGUCUUUGGAUAGAAACAUGAGACUAAGGGGUUUUGUUUUGUUUUGUUUCCUCAUUAAAAGAUCUUAUUAAUGCUUCAUGGCGUAAAA